UAGUCACAAAACCACUUCUCUCUUGUUCUCUAAUGUCCAAUCCAACGUCUUCUUCUUCUUCUUCAUUAUCAUCUUCAAAGUCUCUGGUAAGAAUUCAGAUGGUGCCGAGGCUGGUCUCUGACCAACUCCUCAUGAAAUUCUCCGAUCUGUCUGAGUUCGACUUUGACUAUGAGAAGAGCAGCCUCUGGUCGCCACUAGUGCCGCGCAGGGCUUUCAUCACUCAACAAGGUUUAAUCUGCACCCAAGCUCAGCUUAUGGGUAAGCUCCCAAUAAGCAGGCAGAACUCUAAGAGAAGGAGGCCCAAAUGCUUUCACUUUGUGAUGAGGUGUUUGUGAUCUUUUGUGGUGUUCGAGCCAUUGUUUUUUUAUCUGUUUUAUG